CAGGAGGUUGCUCAUGAACAGUCAUUUCUCGAACGAACAAGAUAAUGAUGAGACUUUUGAGCAAAUAUUGUAUGCGCCAACCAACAAUCCUGCACUCCCAAUAUCUCAUGCGCUGGAAAAACUGAGAGAAGAAAUUGUUUUGAAGGGGAUUCCGGCUACGUCACAAGAAGAGGAAUAUCUUCUGCGAGUAGAGAGCAAAUCCACCACAAGAGGGAAAACUUGGAAGAUCCUUCUUGGAGCUCAUGAAAUUACAUUUCAAGAGUAUAUGGAUUUGGUUGCUCUGGGUCAAUCUUCAUCACAUAGUAAGAUUGAAGAUGAUGCUUUUCGAACGUUCGCAUCAGACAGUGAAUUCUGUGCAAGAGUACAACAAUGCAAACUGGUUCGAGUUUUAAAUGCUGUCAUCCAUCAAGCAGAGAGGAAGAGGUCGAGGGAUCAAGUGGUCGUUUACGUUCAAGGCAUGAAUGCUAUCUGUGGCAUUGUGCUGCUGGAAUUGAAUGAGAUAGAUGCAACGGCGCUUCUUCUCGCUUUAUUGGAGAAACAUUGCCCUCUGUACCUUAACAGCACGUUGGACUCGGUAUACAUCGGCUGCAUGCUCGUCGAUCAAGUUCUUCAUAUCGUUGACGUAGACUUGUUCAAAUUUUUAAGCAAGUUCAAGCUAUCAGGACAGAUCUACUGCUUCCCAUGGCUGCUCUCACUUGGCUCCUGCUGGUCUCCGCAUAGCGAGGCUGUAAAACUCUUCGACUUUCUCUUCGCCAAGGGUGUCCACUGGAUCGUUAUGUGCUCAGUCGCCAGAGUAGUGAGUCUUCGCGCCGACCUCUUCGCGUCUGAUAGGCCGAUGAAAGUAUUUCAGAAAUUACCACCAUACGACGCAACCGAAAAUAUUUGCGAGGCGAAGCUGUUUUGGUCGAAGCUGAGCUCGCAACAGCAGAAAGUGAUUGAGAAACAUCCGUACGAUGCUUGUUCAGCAAUGGAAGAUUGGGAAUGAUUUCCCCUAAGCACCAUUUUGUUAUCUAGUCAACUUCUAUUGUUUGUUGUUGGGAAACUCAAGAAUUUUGUUGUACAAUAGAAGAGCAUUCCAUUAAAGAAUUGAUCAUUCGGCG